AUGGCCUCGCCCCGGGAAUCAGCAACACCAUCCACUCGAGAGCCGUAUGUACCCGAGCCUGAACCCUAUGCCGGGGACCUAGGUAGGUGCCGGGCCUUCCUGUUACAAUGCUCCCUGGUCGUUGAGCUGCAGCCUCGUACCUACACUUCCAAUAAAUCAAAGAUUGCGUACAUCAUGGGGCUGCUACGAGGGGAUGCCUUGGCUUGGGCAACCGCGAUAUGGGAUAACCGGCGAGAGGUUUGUUCCUCCUACUCCUCCUUUGUUGCUGAAACUAGGAAAGUCUUCGAACAAUCUAUUCGCGGUGAGGACGCCGCAAAACGGUUGCUGACUCUUCUUCAGGCUUCGAGAAGAGUGACCAGUCAAGGGAUAAACAUUGUGCUCCAGUUCACUGGCAGCUUAGCUGUCUGGACAGUGAAUACAGCAAUCUUCAUCUAUUCCCCAGCGAUCUGCCCACGUUCAUCUCCUAAAGGUCGCUUCGGGGAUUGUCAGCCAGAACCGUCAGAAAGCGUGACGUUGAGGUUGGUGAAUGGCGGCAGUCGAUGCGACGGGAGAUUGGAGAUUCAGUACAAAGGAAACUGGGGGACUGUGAAUGCUCGUUCUUGGGAUAUGCCGAAAUCGGAUGUAGUGUGUCGGCAGCUGGGCUGUGGCGCUGUACAUCAAGCCUUUGCUGGUGGCUAUGAGGAAGGAUCCGGACCUGUUUUCACGCCGAAUAUUCAGUGCGGUGGGAGCGAGGCCUCUCUUCAGGAGUGUAAAUCAGAGCCAUGGGGUGACACUGGCUAUUCACACAGUCAGGAUGCUGGCGUUAUUUGUAAAGAAAGUUUGAAGGUGAAACUGGAAAAAGGAGGCAGUCCAUGCGCCGGGAGACUAGAAGUGAAUUUCGGGGGAUACUGGGGACCUGUCUAUGCUUCCAGCUGGGAUUUGCAGGAUGCGACUGUGGUGUGCAGAGAGCUGAGCUGCGGCGCCGCGCUGAAAGCCCCACACCAAUAUCAUUUUGGAAAGGUUUUUGACUACGUUAUAACGUAUGAUGUAAACUGCACCGGGACCGAGGCUGCUCUGCGAGAAUGUGAAACAAAAAAAUGGAGUAGGUACACCCAUCCUCAACCCAACUAUGCUGGCGUUAUCUGCGCAGACCACCGAGUUCCAAGAUUGGUGUCUGGAAAUGAUGAAUGCUCUGGAAGACUGGAAGUGCAGUUUGGAGAAACCUGGAAAACGGUGUGUGAUCUGCACUGGGAUAUGGCUGAUGCCAGCGUGGUGUGCCGUCAACUUCAAUGUGGAGUCGCUGUUGCUGUACGGGGAGGAGCUUAUUUUGGAGAAGGAGCAGGACAUGUAUGGACUGAUGCCUUUGAAUGUCAGGGUAAUGAGUCGAGGCUAUGGGACUGUCCAUUUUCUUCAGGAGCUCAUCGUUGCACCCAUGAGAAUGAUGUCAGUGUGAUCUGCUCUGGGAAUUCUGUAGCACGACUCGUUGAUGGGGACAACAGAUGUUCUGGCCGGGUGGAAAUUCAGCACGGGGACCAGUGGGGAACACUUUGUGAUGAAUACUUCAGCUUGGAAGAUGCUGCCGUGGUCUGUGAACAGCUACAGUGUGGUGCAGUAAAGGCAACUCCCAGAGAUGCAUACUUUGGCACAGGAAACGGGCCAGUGUGGAAAGAUAACUACAUUUGUUUGGGCAAUGAGUCCCGAUUAGCUGAUUGCCAAGUCUCAGCGUGGAGUCAGAUCAGCUGUUCGCGUGGAAAUGACGCCAGCCUGAUCUGCACCGAUGAAAUGUGGUCUGUGCGGCUGACCGAAGGGGGAAGCCGCUGCGACGGCCAGGUGGAGGUUUAUGAUAAUGGCAGUUGGAGCAGAAUACAGGAUAACUUUUGGACUAUCAAUGAAGCCAAUGUCGUUUGUAAGCAACUGCGUUGCGGUGUGGCCACAUCCUCCUACAUCGCCUCGGGGUACAAAGGGAAAGAAGGGCCCGUGUGGGUGACCGACCUUCAGUGUGAAGGAAGCGAAUCUCAUCUCCAAAAUUGCAGUGCUUCCAUAUUCAAUCGGUCUUUCUCUGACUUCAUCGGCGUUGGCGUCCUGUGUUCAGGCCACUUGCAGUUACGACUCUCGGGAAGUGAAGAUCCAUGUGCUGGUCAGCUAGAGGUUUAUUACCGUGGAUCUUGGGGCAUGGUCUGUGACGACUCCUGGGAUCUGGUCGACACCAACGUGGUCUGCAGACAACUGGGUUGUGGAUCUGCUUUGGAGUAUAAAACUCACGGUUACUGCGGAAGGCGCUCUCCCCCAGUUUGGUUAGAUGAAGUGAGAUGCUCGGGUAACGAAACAUUUCUCUGGGAAUGUCCAUCAGCACCAUGGGCCGAACAUGACUGCAGUCAUAAAGAAGCGGUGACGUUGACUUGCUCCGAGCACAAAAAGUUGCGCCUGCAGGACGGAGGUAGUCGAUGCAAAGGAAGAAUUGAAGUGUGGUACAACGGGACCUGGGGAACAGUCUGCUCCACGAACCUUUAUGGCAAGUCUGCAGAAGUCAUUUGCAAACAAAUGAAAUGUGGACCAAUGAAUUCUAUUUAUCCUGGCUCAUAUAAAUUUGGAAAGGGACGUGGACCGAUAUGGUUGGAUGAGGUUGAAUGUACUUCACACGAAUCGACCCUUUGGCAGUGUCAGUCGCAACCGUGGGGAAAACACCAGUGUGACCAUUCUGAGGACGCAGGAGUUACUUGCGAAGAAACCAAUAUGACGGAAGGAAUCACUGAAAGAGCCUGCUUGCAAGAAAACGCAUUCUCCUCUUUCCCUUUAAAAGAUGUUCCAUUGCGGCUUGUUAGCGGCAAUCACAACUGCUCCGGAAGGCUUGAGGUCCGGUUUAAUGACAGCUGGGGCACGGUGUGUGACGACUCUUGGGAUCUGGCUGAUGCCAAUGUAGUCUGCAGACAGCUAAGGUGUGGCCUUGCUCUCUGGGCUCCAGAAGAUGUUAAAAUGACCCAGGCAGCCGGUCCUGUCUGGCUUGAUGAAGUAAAAUGCACGGGAAGUGAAUCUUUUCUGUCCAGCUGUCGUUCCUUAUCAUUUGGUCAACACGACUGUGAUCACAAAGAAGAUGUCAUCGUUCUUUGUUCUGGUUCCGGAGUGACUGCUACUGAACGCAACAAUUCAGAUUUUGGAAACUGGACCCCAUCCAUCAUGGUUACUGUCUGCAUAACCCUUGGAAUUGUAUUCAUCAUUGAGUUAUUAAUACUGGUGACGAUAGCAAGGAGACGGUCAGCAAUCAGUGGUGCACUAAUGAGCGGCUAUGGAUCACCUGUUGACUUUUACCAAGCAAUUUAUGAGGAAAUUGAGAAUAUUCCACCAUUCAAGAAACUCACUGAGAUGCAAGGUUCAGACCAGGUGGAUAAGAUUUUAAAAAAGGCUCUGAGGAAAGCUGUACAGCGACCCGUAGAUAUCGCUAAGGUCCCCGAGUGCCGCCCGAAGGCGGGAGAGGACGGCUGCGACUUUUGGGAACGCUUCUGCUCCCUCUAA